UCUGUUAAACAAGUGAAGCUCCUUCAACGGAGGCGCCAAAUUUAUCUCUUCCUUCUGCUUAAUUAUUAGGGUUACGGCUUACCUUUCCGAUUCCGUCGUUUCUCUCCGCCGUGAGCAGCAGUUCGAGCCGCAAACCCCCACCGGCUCUACCCCCCUUCUUUCUCCUCCCUUAUCUCCCUCGUUGGCGACGCCACCGCCGUACGUCGCCUCGCCAAAAUCCCUUUUCUACCGCACCCCCUUCAUCUCUCAGUCGACGUUAAGGUAGAUUACAACUUGUUUUGUUUUGAAAUUUAGUCAUGACAUUACUUGAAGUCAUCAAGCAAGCCUCCGCCUCCUCCGAACCGCUUGCUUCCCGGUCUGACUACCCCAUUCUCCUCAAUCCAGACGAUAUUCUAACCAGUUUGAAAUCCAAAGUAGAUGAACCAGAUCCUGUUUCUCUUGUCAAUCCCAUUAUAGGGUGGAAAAUAUCUGAAACCGAUUCCAAGGUGAUUGAUUUGGGGAAAAAAUUCCACGAAAAUCUCAAGCUGAAGCUGAAAAACCGAAACUUUUCAAAGCCCGAGUUUAUAAAAAUUUUAUGUGUGUUUCUUGAGAAAGUGAGGGAAACGGUCGGAAUUGUGGUUGGUGUUAGUUCAUCCGACAAUCGUUACACUAAGAUUCUGAUUGAGAAACUUGGGUUCCUGAUGAGUAAAGAUAUUGGAGACUUGGUUUUGGAUACAUGUAUUGCUUUAGAGGAAUGGGAAUUGCUGGAGACUUUUGUUGUCAAUAGACUUGUUAAACACGCAUCUUAUUCAAAUUUGAUUUUGAAACUUGUGGCGAAGAAGAGGUCAGACUUACUUUGUCUUUGUAUCAAGCAAGCAUCAGAUUUUGGUCCUGCUGAUUUACAUUGCAUUUUGAAGUACUUUCUUUGCCCUUCCAAAGAGGCUUAUGCCAGUAUGCCUAAUGUGAGGAAGGAAUGGGAGGAUCAGGCAUUGCUAGCCAUUGAGAAGGCGAGUGAUAAAAGUCUCAAAGACAAGAAGUCCAAUCUGGCAAAGGAGGCUGCAAUUCAGCUCAUGGUAGCAUAUGAUGGGUUCUCAACCCAGGAACUGUGUUUGCAUUAUCUGUUGGCAUCACCUAAUCUCGAUGAAGUCAUUCUUUCUUCUGCCCUCAAUAAGUUGAACCAUGAAGAGAUGAUUCGUUUGAUUCGAUAUCUGGGAAAAUGGUUAAAGAGAUAUGAGAGAUUUCCUCAAGCAGUUCAUUGUCCAAAAGCAGCUACUGUGUUGGGUUUGAAGGCUUGUGAUUGGGUUCCCAAGCUUGAUGAUGUCGUCAGAUAUCUUGGACUAAUGCUGGACGAGAACUUUUCUUCAUUGGUAUUGCAUCCAGAUUUUCACGAGGAGCUGAAAUCCAUGGAGGAAUUGGUUAGUUCUCUAGCCUUGGAAUCGAAACUUUGCUGUGUUGUCGCUAAUGUAGCAGACAAUUUGAGAACUGAGGUGUAAGAUGUGUUCAUGGUUUAUUUGAGCGCAACUAUACAGCAACUUUGAAGGCUAUUUGGAGGACGUUUUUGUAAACUGCUUUUUCUUAGAGAGUAAAAAAAGAAAAAACAAAACGUGUGAAAACACUUUCGGUUUACCAAUGCCGAGUUUUUUUUUUUUCUUUUUCCUGGUUUCUGCUAAUCGGUCUUCUGGGUGAUACGGACGACUUGUGAUUUAAUAUUGAGGUGUACUUCAAUGGUAUUUGCAAGGAAACUAUUCACAGUUUUGAUAAAUUGUUUUGCAUCGGGUAAAGUCUUGUAUUCUGUGUUCCUAAUAUGGUUUAAUUGAAGUUAUAAUUUUGCA